AUGCCCGAGGUGGCUAAGGGGGGUGGGUCCCGCAAGGCGUGGGAGCCGUCGCUGACUGAAUGGCCGAGGUGGCUAAGGGGGGGUGGGUCCCGCAAGGCGUGGGAGCCGUCGCUGACUACAGUCACCAAGAAGCCACCCAAGAGGCAGAGGAAAUCUCGCAAGCAGAGCUAUUCCGCUCACGUGUACAGGGCGUUGACCCAGCUCCACCCUUCCACCAGGAUCUCGCCCAAGGCCAUGAUUGUUAUGGAUUCCUUUGUUGUCGACAUUUUCGAGCACAUCGCCUCCGAGGCUUCGCACCUCAUUCGCUACAACGGGCGCCGCACCAUCUCGGCCAGCGAGAUCCAGAGAGCCGUCCGCCUCAUGCUGCCGUGGGAACUGGACAAACACGCUGUCUCCAAAGGCACAAAAUCGGUCACCAAAUACACCAACUCUGCUUAG